AUGGCAGAGAACAAUCCUAAUUUAGCUAACACCCGGCAAGAACAAAUCCAGGAAUUGAGAGAAAGGGAAGCCGAGGAAGAAGAGCAGCAUCUCCAGCUGCACACAGAUGAGGAAGAAGCAGCACGCCUGGAAGAUAGGAAGAAGAACAAGAACAAGUAUGUGCCACUCAUAUGUGGCAAAGUUCCAUCAGACCCCACCAUUCUUCCAGCUCAGUACACUACAAGGAAACUCAAAGCGGGAGACUAUUGCGAGCUACACUACUUCACCAACAGAGGCCUUGAAGAUGCCAAAAUAUCCAUGCUCAUUGCAGAACCAGAUGUUAUGGUCAUGCUACCUUUGUCGGAUGGAGUCCACUCAUGGAUUCCAGCGGCAGUGGUCAAAGACCCAAAAGCAGCUCCGGUUGUCAAAGACAAGAACCCAUCAUGGGAGGAAUUCAACGAAGCAGCCCCACACAUGAUCACCAUGAUGAGACUGCACGACUGGCCUGAGGACAGAGUCGAGAUGCACAUCCAAUUCUGGUACGUGCUCCAAGCACACAGAUGGAGGCACUCCCCAGACCAACUCAAGUAG